UUUUCUCCUUCCUCCUAACUGCUUUAGCAUUUUCCUUUUAAUAAACGAAGGAGAGAAUUUAAGAGCUUACCCCGUCCAAACACCGCCACGUGUUCUCUCUUUUUUAUUUUUCUUUCUAUAUCAUUCAUUUUUAUCAUUCUUGCUGAUUCAACCCUAUUUUACCUUCACACAUUCAUACAUACGAUACUAAGUAAUCAAAAUGCUCGCGACGGUUGCUGCCUCCGUACCUCAAAAUCAAAACUCUAACCAUGAAGUUGAAUCCCCCAAGAAGAACAAAAUUCAGGUUUCCAACACUAAGAAACCCCUUUUCUUUUACGUCAAUCUUGCCAAGAGGUACAUACAGCAACGCGAUGAGGUUGUGCUUUCUGCUCUUGGAAUGGGUAUAACUACGGUUGUCACAAUUGCCGAAAUUUUGAAGAACAAUGGACUUGCUACUGAGAAGAAAAUUUCGACAUCUUCAGUUAGCCUGAAGGAUGAGAACAAAGGUCGCCUGGUUCAGAAGGCUAAGAUUGAAAUUGUUAUGGAGAAAACUGAGAAGAGCACUGAAUCAGAAGCAGCUGCAACAGAUGAUGGCAAUGAGAAGAAAUGACAAAUUAAUAUAGGAGAUCCAGGCUGGUCUCAAUGUGCACCUUAUGUAGUUAACAUCCCAUGCAUACUCAGUUUUGUGCUGUUUGCAUUCAAAGUACAUAAGUGGAUAGAUUAAUUAGAUAAUUGUUUCAUUGAAUACCCUCGAUCGAGAUUACAUUGAUAAGGUUCCACUCAGUGGUCCAACAUGUAGCUAGCUAGAUUCUCAUUUUCCCAAUGUUGUGUCACUUUAGAUUGCAUUCCUACACACACACACACACCUUAAAUUGAUUUGUUGGUUUUUUCAGAUCUUCCUAGACACAUGCUUCUUAUGUGGUGUUUACUCGUUCUAGAUUUUCAUUAUUCAUGGAAAUUCUGUAAGGAUUUUUCCUUGUUAUAUAAUAAUGAGUUGUUUCCACUUUU